AACGUCGAACUGUUCGAACAGACGAAAAACGGAAAAACAACGUUACAGACAAUACAGCAUACAGUUGAUUUUCUCCAUCGUUUUGAAUCGGGUAUCGGACGGAGAUUGAUGUCAGGAGCAAAGCCAAGGAAGUAACCAAGAUAAGCAGCAACGAGAAGUGACGGAGAAUCUCCGAGGCAAGAAGCGACGCUUGAAUCGACGAUUUCUAUUUUGCCACCAAAAAGAUGCCUAACAUAAAGCUACAGAGCUCCGAUGGCGAGGUGUUCGACAUCGAUGUUGAGAUCGCGAAAUGUUCGGUCACCAUCAAGACUAUGUUGGAGGAUCUCGGUAUGGAUGAGGAAGAAGAGGAAGUUGUGCCAUUGCCGAAUGUUAAUUCAGCGAUCCUCAGAAAGGUCAUACAAUGGGCUACAUAUCACAAGGACGAUCCUCCACCACCAGAAGAUGAUGAAAACAAAGAAAAGCGUACUGAUGAUAUCAGUUCAUGGGAUGCUGAUUUUCUAAAAGUUGAUCAAGGCACGCUGUUCGAAUUGAUUUUGGCAGCUAACUACCUCGACAUCAAGGGUCUUCUAGAUGUCACAUGCAAAACUGUUGCGAAUAUGAUCAAAGGCAAGACACCUGAGGAAAUACGUAAAACAUUCAACAUCAAGAAUGAUUUUACUGCUUCAGAAGAAGAGCAGGUGCGCAAGGAGAAUGAGUGGUGUGAGGAGAAAUAAAAUAAAAAAAUAGUUUGAAUAUUGGAACGAUUUAUUAUUUCUCCCCAGUAAGCUUUUUUGAAAAAAAAAAUAUUAAAAUUGUAUGACCACUUUUUCUCCUCUGCUACUAUAUUAAUUAUUUAUUUUCAUUAAAUAAAUAUAAAAUAAUAAUUGUGAUUCACUGUGUCUGAUAUAGUCAUACUUUACUUUUUAAAUUCUAGAACAAUACAAAAUUCAUUAAUAUCACUAUAAUAUAAUAUAAGAAUGCGUUCCAUUUCACGCAUUGAGCGCAUAGAUCGCCUGAAAAUUUAUAGUUCACGUCAUUUAUAGAUUUCCAAACGAUCUAUGCGCUCUAUGCAUGAAACGGAAUGCAACCUAAGCGUACGUGUUUAUGUUGAGACACUUAAAGUUUUUAGCAUAAACAUAUUAUAAAGAUUUAUUUAAGACUAAAUUGUACACAUAGUUUAAUGAUAUAUUGAAUAAAAGAUUUAAAAAACUUA